CCGUACACAACACUUGGCAUUUCUCAUCAGCUUACUUAUACGUCUUCAUUUCCCUUAUUUCAAACUGUCUCCAAGCCAAUCUCUUCGUGUAAGAAACAAGUGGAAGACGCCGUGACUCCUACUAGUACUCCGCCAGAGAAUGCUUCUCCUGGCUUCAAAUUCGUUGCCCAUACUGAUCUGCCACCGUCCCAAAUUCAUUCACAUUUAUGCACAGAUCCUACACCAUCUAUCUACAAGGACGUCAUCAGCGUUCCUGAUGAAACUCAAAAUUUGAAAGACUUUUCUGGUCAGUCACUGAUUUUUGCACAAGCUGAACCGGCCAACACCCUCUUCUCUCGAUUCGAUACAGUGCGUCCAGUGACUGACUCUUCAUUAUCUCCUUCAUCUGCGAGCUCAAGCCGUAUACUGGAAUGUUCUGUAUUACCCUCUCAAACAAGUACAGAUUUACCCACUCCAGCUGAUGCUCAUACUACAUCCUCCUCCUUCUUAUGUGAAGUUUGUCAGCUACACACGACUUCAACUGAAGAUGACAAUCAAGAGCCGUAUCCAUUCUCACUCGUGACCUCAAACUUAUCGGCCGCUCCAGAUGCCCCCAAAAACCAUUCUGAAGGAUACGACCCUGAGUGUUUCGCAGGGCUUCAUCCGUCCUGUGAUAAAAACAUCCCCCCUGUUAUCGAAUCAGCUGUAGAAACAAGCAAUCCCCUUGAAUUUGCUAAUUCGUCUGUCAGUGGCGUGCAAGACACAUUUCUUGUUCGAAAACCCUCCCUCCUUUAUUGUCCAAUCGCUGAAGUGGAAGAUGACUGUUCACUCUACAGUGAUCCUGACCAAAAUGCUGUCCCACCCCAGCUCACUUCACACGAUGGCUUUCCGUCAUCCCGAUCGAUGAAUUUCGAGGCUUCUGAUACUGAAGUGUUCACCACUACCACCCCACUUUCAUAUGCGUUUCACCAGCCGUUGGACGUUGACUCUUCGGAUGAAUUGAUCCCAUCAAUAUUCGACGAUGGUACAUAUGCCUUCAGUACGUUGGAUUCUGAUUACCUUGCCUGGAUGCGUCUAAGCGUGAGGGAUGUCACUGGUGAUCCGCUCUCUCUCACUCCUGAAAUGCUAGAUAAUCUUCCACGCACUCAGGUUCAUCGCUGGGUCGACAUGUUCAACCUAAACUCAAUGGGACUGCGCUUAAACUUCGUUGAUUCUUCUUGCCGGUUAGCCGGCACGUUGCGCAUCUACAUGAAUCUUAUCAAACCCGUUAAAAUGUCGUUACGACAAACUAUGGAUAUUCUUUCACCGCUCCCCGUUUCGUGCGAUGGCAUGCAUGGAGAGGUCGGCGAAGCUCAACAGGCCCUACCAGCUCCAGCACGUUUAGUUUCAUUCUUCUUGCCAAGGGGAACAUCCAAAGUAGUUUAUAUCACAAGACAAACUGCUGUCCGGCUGGAUCCUGAAAGUUGUCCAUGCAUGCUUGAAUCAUUCCUCUCUGAGAAAAUACCUCGACAUAUUUUUGUACCUAACAGUGGUGAACAAAACAAUCGAAACUUCCCAGCUACUCUGUUCAACUCCGCCGAAGCACAACCUUGA